GUUGAGAUUAUUGAUAGGUGAACAAAUCAACACUUAGUUAUCAAAGUGAUCUAUUUAACGACCUUUUUAUGGACUCAUAAUGCAAGUUCUUCAACACCUCCUGCUAGCAAUUGCAGUUUAUCAAGUCUUGGGAAAACACCUGAACGAAGUUUACAAUAAGGAAGAUUAUGUAUGCUUUGAACAGCUAAACGUUAAAAGAGAAAGAAUUGCGAAAAUAUUUGACAAGGACUAUAAAGUAAAAAUUGACGAUCCGUUUACGAACGAGUAUGGAGUAUGUUGGCUUAAACUUAUGGGGAUGCUUGAUGAUAAUGAUAAAUUAAAAUGGGACACCUUAGUCCCAUUAGGAAUGACAUUUUUAGAGUUGUACGAUAUAGAAGGUAAAAAGGAAGAAAUCUCCGCGUCAAUAAUAAACGCAUGUAAAAAUAUCGUCGAUGCUAAAUCUGAAUAUAUAAUAGGAAUAUUAAAUAAUUGCAUUGUUGAUCAAAUUCACUUGAAUUAUACCACUGAUUCUUGUCUAAAGUCAAGGUAAUUUAAUGUAAGAAACGCUUUAGUACUAUUUUGAUUAGUUUAUUAACUUAUGAUUAAAUUUCGUUUAUAUGGAUAACAACCGGCUGUAUGGCUCAGAUGGUAGAGCGUUGGGCUAUAAAUCCGGAGGUUCGAACCUGGGUUGAGGUGAAUUUCUCAUCUGUGGCAGAGAUUGGAUUUACCUUGGACCAGUUCCGAUUCUACUGGCUACUCCGAAUUAGGUUUUCCUGCAGUUUUCCUAAUUCGUAAGGUAAAUACCGGAGUAGUAUAGAACCACUUAAGACCUUCUGCACGAGGCACCUCUAAAAAGCAUUA